ACUGUCAGGAUGCCUGAACCCGCCAAGUCCGCGCCCAAGAAGGGCUCCAAGAAAGCCGUGACUAAGACCGCCGGCAAAGGAGGCAAGAAGAGGAGAAAGAGCAGGAAGGAGAGCUACGCCAUCUACGUGUACAAGGUGCUCAAGCAGGUCCACCCCGACACUGGCAUCUCGUCCAAGGCCAUGGGCAUCAUGAACUCCUUCGUCAACGACAUCUUCGAGCGCAUCGCCGGUGAGGCGUCUCGCCUGGCUCACUACAACAAGCGCUCCACCAUCACCUCCAGGGAGAUUCAGACCGCCGUGCGUCUCCUGCUGCCCGGUGAGCUGGCCAAGCACGCCGUGUCCGAGGGAACCAAGGCCGUCACCAAGUACACCAGCUCCAAGUAAACACACUGCUCAGACUGGAACCACCUCAUCGACCCAACGGCUCUUUUAAGAGCCACACACUUUAUC